AGCCUCAAAUAUACGAAACAUUACCACUUUAAGAGGGAGGGGGAGCCUUGAAACGGUCAAGUUCCAUGUUUGUAUCUUGAAUUUGAGAGCCGAGCUGAACUCCAUGUUGUAACAAACUUAUCCACUAGAAACUCCUCUUUUCAUUUUUUAUUAUUUUUAAUAUUUGUACAUUUUCAUAAUUUUAAGCGUAGUAGUUUUAUAUGUAUAUUUAUGCAUACAUAAUGCUUUUAAUUAACUGAUGUGAAUGUUAAUCAUUUUGCAAAUAUCAUUUUUAAUCGUAAACACCUAAGUAUCAAUAUCAUCAUAACGAGAGGAAAAAAAAACUUUACGCUGCACUUAUACGGAUUUUUGGAGCUAAUGGACCACACGUCCUCAUCAGUAAUCACGCAAGUUAGCAGAGAUGAGGAGGUGAAUACUCCAUUACGAGAAAAGGGUGCCCCAGCACAUGUGACCUCCAGCACCAAGAAACCUCGGAGUCGGGGCAUUUUCCAUAGUCUGUUCUGCUGUCUCUGUACUGACGAUGCAGACCAGCUCCCUGUCAAUAACAAUGCCCCCGUCCUCGUGGAGGAGAAUGGAACGGUCUCAAAGGUCCCAGCAAAGCCAUUGCUGCCUCAGAUAAAGUCUAAAGAUGUGGGGAAAAUCUGUGUGGUCAUUGACCUGGAUGAAACACUAGUGCACAGUUCAUUCAAGCCAGUGAACAAUGCUGAUUUUAUCAUUCCAGUGGAAAUUGAUGGAACUGUUCAUCAGGUGUAUGUCCUGAAACGGCCCCACGUUGACGAGUUUCUUAAACGAAUGGGAGAAUUGUUUGAAUGUGUGCUGUUCACUGCAAGUCUAGCUAAGUAUGCAGACCCCGUGUCCGAUCUGUUGGAUAAAUGGGGAGCCUUUCAGUGCCGGCUCUUCCGGGAGUCGUGUGUCUUUCACCGCGGAAACUACGUCAAGGAUCUCAGCCGCUUAGGCAGGGACCUCAACAAAGUCAUCAUUGUGGACAACUCUCCAGCCUCCUACAUCUUCCACCCAGACAAUGCUGUACCUGUAGCGUCCUGGUUCGAUGACAUGUCCGACACAGAGCUGCUUGACCUAAUCCCGUUCUUCGAGAGACUGAGUAAAGUGGACGACGUGUACACAGUUCUUAAGCAGCAGAGGACUAUAAGUUAAUAGAAUCAGAAAGGAGUUGUCAGCAACAGGGGCCAUGGUGGCUUGCCCCGUAUGCCGCCUCCUUCUUGGACUGGCUGCUGUCCUUCUCAUCAAAAUCUACCCAGAAUUCCAAUCAUGAGAAGCUUGACAGAAUGAAGCAAACUGGCCUGUUUGGAAGGGCGAUAGAGUGUUUGAAGAACCUCUGUAUUACAAAAAUGUAUAUACUGUUCUUAACACUUGAAUAUGUGUUAUUCCUUUUUGUACUUUUUUUUCCUUUAAAGGCAAGUUUGAGGGAAGGGUCUGUUUGGCAGACAUGGUUAACCCUUAGGAAACAGACCUAAAUGGCCUUAAUCUGUUCGCAGUAAUAAGACCAUUCGUUCUGUUUUUCCUUGGGAUUAUGUCACGGAUUGAAUUACAUUCAUUCCUUUGUACUUUUGACCUUACCUCAAAUGGCCAAGGUUUUUGAACAAAAUCAAAAAUGGCAAUCAUGAAAAGUAUCCUGACUGCGUUGUUCCUUUUACGCCCGUGUGAUAUGGUAUGGAAUGAAUUCAGUACUAGUGUUCAAAACCUUGUUUUAGCACAGUUAACUUACCAAGUAACUUGUCAUGAUAUAUGCCAAAGCACUAUAGCAUGCUUUGAGUAUUUUUGACUACUUUAGCGUUUUAGUCUUAAGUACAGAAAUUCUGGAAUCAUGGAAACAUUAUUGUAUCAAACUUCUUGCAUUACCGGUGGUAGCAUAUUUUAUAAAAUGCAUUUUUUGUUUCCAAUCACUAAAUUGCAAAACUUCCAAAUUUUGUCCCUUGGUUGACUCGGCAUGUAGUUCGGUAUUCUCUUUAUUUUAUUUUAUUAAGAUGCAGAGUGCUGGAGUUGGGAUACUUUUAAAAAUAGCAAAGCAAAGUGCCUUCAUCUUCCAGUCUUUCCUUUAGCCUGAUGUAACCUCCCAAGCCUUAGAAGGUUCUUCAGCUUCAGGUUCUUCACCAGAAGUGCCAACAUGAAUGUGCUGAACUAUUUUUAUACUAAGGUCAGGAUGAGCACUGAACAGGUGCACUUGGUCACCAUGGCUACUUUUUAUUUUUAUUAGAACAAACAUUUCAAAAACUGUGCCUUUGUUUUCCAUGUCUUGUACUGUGCAGAGAGGAAAAUAUGUAAAGUAUAAUUGGCUUGAGAGUUUCUGUAUAUGGAUGACAAAAACACAUGGUUUUUUUAUAAGCACAAUAUCCCUCCUGUUUUGUAGUACUACUCAUUUUUCAGUUGCAGUCCAUAUGUAAUGGAUUGGAGAUAAUCAAGUAUACAUGUAUAUAUUUGCCAUUUUUAUUAAUCUUCCCAAGCCAGCUAUUUCACAUAUAAUACAGGUUGGACAAGUAAAUCGGUACUUUCUAAUGAAUAUUUGAAAAAUCCAUUUUCAGCUUUUGGGUAUGGUAUUACGGCUGUUUAAAACAAUAGAUAUCCACUUUUUUUCCCUUAAGCUUUUGUUUAGAGUGAGUAUAUAUCACAAAUUCAGCAGUAUAAUUAACUGCACUACCAGCAGAUUUAACAGGAUAUUUAUGGAUCAUAAUUCUAACAAAAUGCUUGGUGGAUGACAUAAUGCUGUUCUGACUUCUCAUUCAACCCUGAAUAUUGGUUUUUAACUGAUCUGUAAACUCUACUUUCUUGUCGAUUUUUGUCCUUUUUUAAGUAGGCUUUGCUAGAUCCAGAGUUUUCUUUUGGAAGACCCCAUACUUGUAAAACCAAGUUUCGUAGUUCCUUCUCCAAAUUAGAUGUCAGUGGUUUUAUGGUUACAAGUGUGAUGGACCUUAAAACAGUGUAAAAUUACACUUUUAAAUAAGGUUAUCCUGCUGUUGUGACCAUAUGUUUGGAGGUUUUAUCAGUACAUGGUAUAGAAAAUUAUACAAAAAAUUAAAUGAUUGCACAUGUUUUUCCUAAGAAAUAUUCCAGCAGUAAAUUCUAGAAUAAACUCAUCAGUAUUACAAAACGUGACUUCUACUGUGUAAAUAGCAGCAAUGAUGGUAUGUCAGUAAAGUAAUGCCACUCAAUUUGUCUCUUUUUCACACAGUGCAGUAAGCUAAUGAAAACUGUAAUAUGUAAUGCAGUGUGUGUAGCCAUAAUUGUUAACAUUUGAUUUGGUUCCAGUGAAAUGCCUUCUGUAAAUCCACUUUUUAAGACAAUUUUAGCAUCUUGUGCUGUUUCCAUUCCCUCUUAAACUCAUUAACCAACAGACAGACAAAAUUAUACUCACUCUAGUUAUGCAGGUUAGUUAUGCAGCCGUUUGCCUUUUACUGUAUUUCUCCUGUAUUUAUAUACAAACCAGCGUAUAUCCAGAUGUAUAUGUUUGGUCAUUGCACAGUAAUAAAUUGGCAUUAAUAUAUGAUAUACUUGUGAUCUGGGAACACUGAGAUUGUAACCUAGUUUUGAAAGCUUUUGUUAUAAUUAAUUGUACUUUACUGUACAAAAUAUGAAUUAUAAAUGAUUAAAUUAA